AUGAAUAAACACCUGCUUCCAUUCCCAUACAAUCAGUCACAAUCGUCAACGUGGCUGGAGCGUGUAACACGUCCGCUAUCCGACUUUAUAUUCGGAGGAGGUACCCUAAAGGAGUCCACGCCAGAGAAACCAUCAACAUCGCCAAUUACCCUUCAUGGUAAUGGGGAUGGUCUUCCCCCAAUCCGCAUAAUAUGCAUCUCAGACACUCACAAUAAAACUCCCCCUCUUCCUCCUGGCGACAUUCUGGUCCAUGCAGGCGACCUAACGGCCCAUGGCACCUUCGACGAGGUGCAAGCCCAGCUCCAGUGGCUGACAUCACAGCCGCAUACUCAUAAGAUUAUCAUUGCGGGAAACCAUGACAUUGUUCUCGAUGAAGCAAGCGACACGAGGUUUCUGACGCGCAGUGAAGACAGUGCCACAAGGCGGACGGAAUUGGAUUGGAGCGGGAUCCAAUACUUGCAAGACACAGCAGUCACGUUGGAGCUGCCGGUCGCCGGCCUCGGAGGCCAGCAAGUGCGCAGAGUCAAGAUAUAUGGGUCUCCACUGACGCCGGAGCUCGGCUCUUGGGCUUUUCAGUAUCCUCCAAUCCGCGACGUGUGGACCGAGCGGAUCCCCGAUGAUACCGAUAUACUGGUGGUUCACGGUCCCCCGGCUCUAUAUGGCGACAGUGAUGGCGAGAAGGGACCGACCGGAGAAGUCAAAGUGAAGGGGGAUGGGUUCUUAUUGCGUGAGAUACGAAGGGUAAAGCCCAAGAUGGUCGUAUGUGGGCAUAUCCACGGAGCAUUCGGCCUCGCUGUUAUUCAACACGAUGGAACCCAAGAAUUUCGAGACGGACUACAAAUGCGAUGGGAAGGAUACGAUUUUGUCGAAGCUUUGAAACAGACUCUUCGGAGCAAGAUAACCACAACUAGUGCUAAUCACUCGAAAAAAAGCCUUGUCGUCAACGCCGCGGUUGCGCCAGGCGUUUUCACAAGCGAGGAUAAACCCGCAAUCGCCAUUGAUUUUCACUGUUGA